GAGAACAGAGACACCUAAACCGGGAGGUCACACCGGCAAAUCCUCGUCCGGACCGAUCAAAGCUAUUACGUUAUUUGCAAUGACAUACCAUCGGUCGGUUUGGAGUCGGUUUCGUUGGUGUGACUACCAUUCCGUCAUUACCAUUAUCAAGCUUUAAGCCCGCUUUCAGACUCUGAAAAGCCAAGACGGGGAGUGAUCACGACGAAAUACAAAGAGAUGAUGGCGAGGGUAAUCAAGCAGUGAAACUUGCUUCAACUGCAUGUGGAUUAAUGAAGUCGAAGCUGCCCAAUACGCACUCUUCCCAAAAGAGUGUUCUCAUUCGAACAACCUGAAGCUUUUGAAAGAGAUCAUCCUAGUGAAAUCAGUGUGGGGAGGAAAGAACCGCCUUUAUCAGAUUCGAUUUCUAGCUUCACACUGUAUUUCGUUAUUCUGGAUUCAUCCCCGGUGAACCGGCAGAGAUCAUGACAACAUAUCUGGUGCUUCUGCUUUCCCUUUCCGCUCUUCUAGCUCUCACCACAGCUCAAGGUAGAUUCAGCCUUUCGAACCAAGAUGCUGCAUUCUGGAACAACCAAGCCCAGACAACACUCCGGAAUGCCCUGAAUCGCGAACAGAACCGAGGCAUCGCGAAAAAUGUCAUCUUCUUCCUAGGAGACGGCAUGGACAUCACCUCCACGACCGCUGCCCGAAUCCUUCGGGGUCAGCUGAAUGGAGAGACUGGUGAGGAGGACUCCUUGGCAUGGGAUGAUUUUCCACACGUGGCCCUGUCGAAGACAUACAAUACGGAUCAACAGAUUGCGGACUCGGCCGGGACUGCGACUGCGUUCUUGUGCGGCGUGAAGGCUAAAGCCGGAACAGUUGGAAUCGAUGACGGGGCCGAAAGGGGAAGUUGUGCGUCUGUUGCCGGAAGCGAAGUGGAGUCGGUUUUAGUCCAGGCGAGCCGAGCAGGCAAAGCUACAGGCUUAAUCAGCACUGCUCGCAUAACCCAUGCGACCCCAGCGGCCGCGUACGCUCACUCACCGGAUAGAAACUGGGAGAAUGAUGGACAGGUGCCCGAUGAGGAGGCUCAUGAUGGCUGUAUCGACAUCGCUAGGCAGCUAGUUGAGGAAAACAACUUUAUUAAUGUCAUUCUUGGAGGUGGUCGGAGAAAUUUCCUUCCCAACACAACCCUUGACCCCGAGUACGCUGCCGAGAACACCACAGGCUCCCGAACAGACGGUCGCAAUUUGAUCGAUCAAUGGCUAUCAGAUAAAUUUUUGUUCUCGUCCCAGUACGUGUGGAAUAAAACUGCUCUUGAACAAGUCGAUCUUUCAUCCACCGAGUUUCUCUUAGGUCUGUUCGAACCGAGCCAUAUGCAGUUCGAGACUGACAGAUUGAAUGACACUGCUGGUGAGCCCUCUAUCGCCGAGAUGACGGAACUUGCGAUCAACAUGUUGAGCAACGAUGAAGACGGAUACUUCCUUAUGGUAGAAAGCGGACGGAUCGACCACGCCCAUCAUCAGGGUGUCGCCAACAAGGCGCUGACCGAUACUAUAGCCUUCCAUGAAGCAGUCGCAAGAGCCGUCGAGAUGACGGAUAGUGCCGAUACGUUGAUUGUGGUAACCGCGGAUCACGGGCAUGCCUUUGUUAUGGGCGGAUAUCCGAGCAGAGGAAACCCGAUAUUUGGUUAUGAUGAUAACGUCAAUGGCAGCGAUGAUAAACCUUACUUGACAUUAUCUUACGCCAACGGUCCUGGUGGGAUCCGUCUUGCUGAUAGCUACAUAGCCAACGGGGAACGACCGAACCACUACAAUUCAGAAUAUAAUUCCAAAGAUUUCAUUCAAGAUGCGGUUGUUCCAUUAUACUCCGAAACACACGGGGGUGCUGACGUAGCGAUUUACGCGCACGGUCCCUGGGCCCAUCUGUAUCACGGUACGCAAGAACAGAACUACAUUCCGCACGUCAUUCGAUACGCAGCAUGUUACGGGGAUAGCCAGGAGAACGCGUGCACACGCGCAACGGAAGAACCGCCGAUGUGUACGGGGAGUGCGCAUCAUAUCGCACUUGCGUCAUGCGCGUCGCUAAUUUUACCGUUGGUUUCUUUUAUUACGCUGUUUUAGAGUAAUAAGCGAAAACAGAAUGGGGAAAAGUCAUUAAAUCAGUGAGAUACUGUAUGAUAGCUAUUAGUGAUAUAUAUGGUUCUCACAAUCGUUAUAGUAGGGAGUUUGCAAAACUGCAACGAGGACAGAUUCAAUAUCACAGUAAAUGUAUUGAAUAUACCCGUCGAAUGACAAUGAGCAACUGUGAGGUCUUUUUCGAAAGUCGAAGAACUGGAAAAACCAUUUCGUCCUAAGUUUCGGAGCUGAUGAAAAACUGCAGAUACGUCGUUAGUCCGGAGCUGAUGUUUUGACUCACCAAUUUUCGACAAAGCCUUCUUAUUUUUUCUUUAUCGUGAAGGGCAUUUGACAAUACAUUUUCUAUGUUCUUUAAUAAGUCGUGCAUCGUGGAGGCGAAAACUCUCUAAGGAGACUUGAGUACCCGGAUGUAGAUUACUCAGUGGUAAGUGGCAUAAUAAUGCUGCAAUCUAAUAGCAUAGAAUACCUAAAUAGCGUAAACUAAAAUUGCUAAAUAAAGUAGAAUGAAAAACUGAAGUUUUUACUUCAUCCCAUGCAUUGUGACUCCCACCCGCCCAGGCUACUAUAGGUUUCAUAGAAGAUACUCAAUUAUUCGCAGUUGUAUUUGUUCCUAUAUUUUUGUACGUAAAGCUAUAUUCAGAAAAGUACUAUUUACCUAGCGUGCAGUAGUUAUGUUGUUAGUUGAGAUUGAGAAUAUUUGAAAUCGUACUGCCUAUAAAUAUAUAUGUUGAUUUUGAAAUGGAAAACGGGUUAUUAGAUAUGAUUUGAUAUCUUUUAAUCAUACAGCAGUGGAAUGUACGUUCUUAUUUUUGUGUAUUUGUCUUUAAGUAUUAACAUACACUUACAUGUAUAAUUGGGUGCAUCAUACUGAAUGUUAUGGGAAAUACUGGAAUAAAUACAAGACAUGAAUAUUUGCAAGGAAAAUUAACACUCACUCAAUCUCACUGAGGACGUGAUAAUUUUAAUUGUUUUUAUCUUUGUUGAGCAAAAGAAGUAUCACAUUCAACCCAGGUCCAUGGCAGAGAAUACUAACAAUAUACUUAUGCCAUUGACAGGGUCUAAUUCAUAGACAAUACAUACAUGCAACAUAAAAGCAUACAAAGAUACAUAUAUAAAAUAGAAUGAAACUUUUCUGACUUAUUUUGAUUAAGAGGGUAGUAGGUACUAAAGACGGAACAUAAAUUAUUUCCAUGUUGUGAUAAACUUAAAUAUGAUUUUUCCUCAAAACGAUCGACGAAAUAUGGUAUACUGAAUGAUUUAGAGUGUAAUAUUUGGGAUCAGUAAAAACUGUAGCAGAUAUUAAUAAGGAUCAGUGAUUUUGUGAACAUAAAAGUGAUUUUGAAUUAGACCAGAAAAUGAAAGUCGAUAUUUAUGAUGUUAUAUUGUAUUGUAUUGUAAUCAGACUUCUAAAAAUUACUUGCUAUUUUUAUUAAAUAAAGAACUUUUUAUUCUACGGCAAUUAUAUUAUCAUAAUUCCAUAUACUGAGUAUUGCAAAUGAGUUUUUCAUCAUACAUUAAUAGAUUAAUGUUAAUCAGGGAGUAGCCUAGAUAGGCCUAUUGACUGUUUGUUAAUUCCUCACAUCCCAUUCAUUAUCUUAUGUAUUUUGUCAUUUUAUCCAUUAAAAAAACAAUUUUCAUUGUUAUUUUACUUUAUUAUGGAA